UAAUAGAUAUAUAUUUUUUUUUAAAUAAAGAGAUCUUGUUCCUCGUCUUCGUGACAGAGCAUUGCCGGAGAAGAGAGCAAGACCGAGACAGAAAGGGCGAUAUUUUUCACCGAUUGCCCUCUCCGUCUCGAUCAACCCUUAAUAAUCACAAUACAAUUAAUCUUCCUUCUUUUUCCGUUGCUUAAUCUUUGAUUUCUUGUGAUGUAUUUCCUUCCAUUUCUCUUUCCGUUAAUCCCCUGUAUUUGAUGCGACGGUUGAAUGCCCGUAAAAGGGACGAUUCUAAAAUUACCAAUAUGGAUCCGACCAAGCUGCACCUUCGACCCAGCACCAGACCCAAUUUGUUCGCCAGGGCCAACUCCAAGAACUCCAAAUCCAAAUUCUGGGUUUCUCUUGCAGCCCUAAUUGCGUUUGUUUUCUUUCUCUUUUCUCUCUUCGUUUUUGCAAGGAAUUUAAGGAGCUCUUUGAAGAGAAGGUAUGGAAUCGUUAUUGAUGGAGGUAGCACCGGGUCUCGAAUCCACGUCUUUGGGUAUAGAGUCGAGUCUGGUUAUGGGGUUUUUGAUUUUGGGGAAGAGGGAUUGGCGUCUAUGAAGGUGAAUCCUGGGCUGUCGGCCUAUGCACGAGAUCCUGAUGGAGCUGGGAAGUCUUUGGUUAAACUAUUGGAGUAUGCCAAGAGUCGGGUUCCAAGGGAUCAAUGGGAAUUCACUGAAAUUCGGUUAAUGGCAACAGCUGGGCUAAGAUUGCUGGAAUUGGAUGUACAGAACCGCAUACUAGAGUCUUGCCGGCAGGUGCUUCGGUCUUCUGGGUUUAAGUUCCAUGAUGAAUGGGCGUCGGUCAUCACAGGCUCUGAUGAAGGGACGUAUGCGUGGGUUGCGGCUAACUUUGCAUUGGGCACUCUUGGAGGCGAUCCCCUUGAGACAACUGGAAUUAUCGAACUUGGUGGGGCUUCAGCUCAGGUUACUUUUGUUUCAAGCGAACCAAUACCAUCUGAAUUCUCACGUACAGUUAAAUUUGGCAAUAUGACAUACACUCUUUACUCUCACAGCUUCCUACACUUCGGGCAGAACGCUGCUCAUGAUUCCUUAAGAGAAGGACUUAUUACAGGAGAGUUCAACUCAGGAGCUAAAACUCUUCAAAACGGAUUGUCCGUGGAUCCUUGUACUCCCAAUGGGUACUCUCAUAUUUUGGAGUCGGAAGCACUAUCUCCAGGUUAUAUGGUGGAAAGGAAUAGAUAUUUAUCAACUUUCCAUUCUAAGGGAAACUUCUCUGAGUGCAGAUCUGUUGCCUUAAUGCUGCUGCAAAAAGGAAAAGAGAAAUGCACCAAUAGAAACUGCUCUGUAGGAUCCAUUUACACCCCAAAACUUAGAGGGAAGUUUUUGGCUACGGAGAAUUUCUUCUACACAUCAAAAUUCUUUGGUCUUGGAUCGAGAGCUUUUCUUUCAGAUCUGAUGGUGGCUGGAGAGGAGUUCUGUGGUCAGGACUGGUUGAAGUUGAAAGAAAGAUACAAGCUACUUGAAGAAGAGGAUUUGCUGCGUUAUUGCUUCUCAUCUGCAUAUAUUGUGGCCCUACUUCAUGACAGUCUUGGAAUUGAAUUAGAGGAUCAGAGCAUCACUGCUGCAACUCAAGUACAAAACAUUCCUCUCGAUUGGGCAUUGGGAGCUUUCAUCUUGCAAAGCACGGCUGCAAUAGAAGCAGAACCAGAGCAGUGGGAUUGGAUUGUGGCAAUCUUCGGCUAUGAGUUGCCCUCUAAGUUCUCACUUGUUGCGGUAUCAAUUCUGUUGUUGUUUAUAGCAUGGUCUGUAUCAAAGUGGAGGAAACCUCAGUUAAAGACGAUUUACGAUCUAGAGAAGGGACGGUACAUAGUGACCCGUGUGACUAAAUCCUGAUAAAAACUAGCUUACUAGUUAAAAUUUCCCUGGAUCGUUUGAUUGCACAAGGAAAGAACACAACUACACUACACUACAUAAAAUUAUUAUACAAUUCAGCCUCCAUAGUGUCCCAUAGACCAAUUCUUCAAGUCCAAGAUGUUUGAUGAGAUUGUAUAUUCUGUGAUUUUCAUUCACAUCUCAAGUAGACGACAACUGUUGUAGAAAAAGCCUCCCUUUUAGCUUAGCAGGAGAACAGGCCGACGUUCCCAUUGUCAGUUACAUCACCGUUCCCAUUCCCAUCGCCAGUGCCGGCUUAGGGUGAAAUGUGUAGGACUUACAUUAGAAAAUUUUUUCCUCUAAAAUGUAUUGACCGAUUUUAUGAUAAAAUUAAAUGUGCUUCAUGUGUCAAGUCUUGGUGUC